GACUGGGGAAUGGUCCGAAUGUGGACAAUGAAGCAUGAAGCGUAAUACAUCAUGAUGGAUUCCGAAAAAAAACUUAAAUUAAAGAGUUUGGGUCAAUGGUCUUGUUCCGCAACUAUGAUUUUGUUCUAUAUAAUGUCACCCACUAUAAUCGUGCUGCAUGUCUGUAACAGUAGGAGAACAAAAUAAAUCUUCAAUUCUGGAGGUCUGAACUGUCAAUCUUGGUGUUACUAAACAAAAUGGGUAGUGAUGAGUCUCAGAAAGCUUUGGACACCAUCUUUUCUUUUGUUCCCACCCUUGUUCUGAAAUCUGCCCUGCUGCUGAAAAUACCAGACAUUAUAGCAAGAGAAGGGCCUGAAGCAUCUCUUUCUCUCCAUGAAAUCGCUGCCCUCCUUCCCACCCAAACUCCUAAUCUCCAUUACCUCUCUCGCAUCCUCACUUAUCUCUCUGCCAAGGGAAUUUUCAUUCAAUCUCAGGCCAACAAUGAGCCCUCUUAUGCUCUCACUAACACUGCAAAACUUUUCUUUGUGAAUGAGAAGAAUCCCUUCAGUCUUGUUCCUGUGGCUCUCAUGCAAUCUGAUGAGGUUUUGCAGAAGUCAUGGCACUAUCUCCAUGAAAGUGUGCUUCACGGUUGUCAAGCUUUCGAGAAGGCCCAUGGGAAAGACCUGUGGAGCUAUGGGAAGGACGACCCCCACGUCAACAACAUUGUCAAUGAUUGCAUGGCCUCAUUUACAAUGAUGGGGAUGGCCCAGAUUGUGAAUUGCUAUGAGGGGUUUAGGGAGGUGCAGAGCAUGGUCGAUGUGGGUGGAGGAAAAGGAACUGCCUUGGGGCAGAUUGUGAAGGCAUAUCCACACAUUCAAGGGAUUAACUUUGAUCUUCCUCAUGUUGUUGCAACUGCUCCAUCUAUUCCCGGAAUUCAACAUGUGGGGGGCAAUAUGUUCGAGAGCAUACCCUCUGCAGGCGCCAUUUUUAUCAAGAAAGUCUUGAUCGACUGGGACGAUGAGAGCUGCUCCAAGAUAUUUGAAAACUGUUACAAGGCUUUGCCUGAAAACGGCAGGCUUAUAUUAGCAGAAGAUGUGGUGCAAAACCACUCUACAGCAAGUGAAUCUCUUGAAAUGGUUGCCGAUCUAAUCAUGAUGGCGCAUGCAAAUGGGGGAAGAGAGAGAAGCGAGGAGGAGUGGAAGAAAAUGCUUCACAAUUCUGGCUUCCCUCUGGUUAAAGUAGUGGGGCUGCCUGGAAUAUUUACAAAGUUGAAGAUUGUGGAAGCUAUAAAGAUGAAAACAGAGUAAUUUAAAAGUUUUAAACAUCUGGGCACAAUUCAGUGUUCUAAAUACCGAUAAAAAAAUUUCUAAUCCAUCAUAUCGGUGUAUCUUCUUUGACUGUACUUAAUCUAAAAAUA